AAUCAGAAGAGAGCUUUCCGUGGAUUGACAAGGGAUCGAUAUAAACAAGUAGGUGCCAGGUUUUGAGGUCUUCCAAGAGGCACAAUUUGCGAAUUUUCCGCUUGAGAUGUCAGACGACGAGCUGCCCGAGGGAUGGGAGAAAAGGAUUAGCCGGUCCACAGGCCAGCAUUAUUUCUUAAACAAGUACACGAAGGAAAGCCAAUGGGACACUCCUACCGAGCCAGCCAAACCUGCAUCCAGCGGCGGAGGACCUGAUAAAGUGCAAUGCAGUCAUCUGCUCGUAAAGCACAAUAAGUCCAGACGACCUUCGUCCUGGCGUGAGGAGAACAUCACCAGGUCUGAGGAGGAAGCUCACGAGCUUAUAAACGGAUACAGAGAUGAAAUUGUCUCAGGAAAAGUAACUUUGGCCGAACUGGCUGAACAAUACUCGGACUGCAGUUCCGCCAAGCGUGGUGGUGAUCUGGGGCUUUUCGGAAGAGGAGCCAUGCAAAAGCCAUUCGAAAACGCUUCCUUUGCUCUUAAUGUCGGGGAACUCAGCGAGCCAGUCUUCACUGACUCCGGAGUUCACCUAAUUCUACGCACAGCUUAGAUGUGAACUGUCAAAGUAAAAUAACGCCUAUUGGUCCUUUUUUAUUUAAAUAACUUUUUAAUUUUAAAUAAACUGAAGGCCAAAUUGUUAAUUCCA